AUGAGCUUAGAAGUAGAAGAGGAGAAGACUGUUGAUAUUAACGAGUCUUACGACAGUGAUGAAGAAGAUAACAAUGUUGUAAGUCUAGUUUAUGGUUUUCGAACGGUUUAUUUCUUGUUUAUGCAAGUUAGUUAUCUACGUUUAAUUUGUUUUAUUCAAAUCAAGGUUUACUAUUAAUUAGCAUUGAAGGAAAACCAUUUUGUUUUGUUUUCUAAGAAAAUUUUGUUAAGUUGCACUUUAUUGUUAAUGUACUUUAGGUAAAAACAAAGAAGUUGACUAAACGAAAGGCAAAGACAGAUGAUUGGGCCAAAUUAGGCCAUAAGAAACCUAACUAUGGUGAAGAACGAGAAAGAGAACGACAGUUGACAGCGAUCGCAACAAAAGGUGUAACUCAAUUGUUCAAUGCAGUAUCGGAACGACAGAAGAUAAUCGACCAGAAGUUGGAGGAGAUGGAGAACAGCAAGAGUCGAACCAAACGACACGAACUUCUAAGCGAACUCAAGUCCAACGACUUCCACUCGCAAUUAUAUAAAAAAGCGGCCCCUGAGGUGAGUAAUUACUUGUUUUGGUUUGGUUUAGUUUUAGGUGUUAUUGACUAUAAACUGGCAUCGUAUCUCUCGUAUUUAUUUCUAGGGGCCGAGAAGAGAAGAAGAUUAGGGUUGUGACGAAAACACCGACACUAGGUGUAAUUAUAUGACUUUUUUGUUGGAGACCUGGGGACCUUCUUGUUUUACACAAACUUGGAUUAAUUUGUUAAAUUUUAGGUAAAGGAGGAUGAAGUGAAGGACGAAUUAAAGGAUGAACCAGCUGAAGAUACCGAGGUUGAUGAGGACGAUAUUAUCCCUAUUUGA